CCGCGCCAUCCGGCACCUCGCGGUUGGGUGUCCGCGCUGCGGGCCGGCCUGCUGGAGGAGGAAGAAGCCCAGCGCCCUGCACGGGUCGGCCCAGGGCUGAGGGCCGCAGCCUGUGCCAGCGUUUGGUCCCUAGCAGGUGUUCUGCGCGGCCGAGCGCUUCGGUUCCCCCUGCUCGGCAGGAUGCUGGAUUCCAGCUGGCAGCUGCGCUGCACAGCUCCGUGCAAACAGCCAUCUGUUGAUUGUUAUUAGUUGCUAUGAGGUGGUGUUGCUGGUGGGCUGGCGGUGCUGUGCCGGGUUGGGUGAGGUGUUGUCCCAAGUGCAGCCCGGCGCAGGGCUGGGGUUAGAGGAUGCAGCGACGCGUGCAGAAUGGGGACGUCAGCACCCGGAGCUCAUGGGAAAAUGUAGAAAUUGGGGCGAGUCUAACUUCUGAUUCCGCUUUUUGAGCAACCUUUGUGCGCAGGGAAGGCACCUGCGGUGUCCUGUAACUGAGGAGCAGUUCUACUGUGCUCAUCUCAAAUGUUCUUUGCUCUCUCUGUAAAUUCACUUUUCUACAGUUCUUUUUCUCUCUUUGUUUUAUCAGAUGUCUGCAAGCACAGUGAAAACCAUAAAGGUUUGAUUGAAAAAGAAAACUAAAAAAAUGCCCAGAAAGAGUAUAGAUUAUGGAGAGCUGCCGGAGUAUGAGAAAAGCCAGAUCAAAAGGACAUUGGAGCUGGGAACUGUCAUGACAGUAUUCAGUAUUAAGAAGAGUAGUCUGGAAAGGAGGACUAUUCAAGUUAUAAUGGAAACCAGGCAGGUAGCCUGGAGCAAGACAGCUGACAAGAUCGAAGGUUUCUUGGAUCUGAUGGAAAUAAAAGAAAUUCGCCCAGGAAAGAAUUCAAAGGACUUCGAACGAUGCAAAGCAAAAGACAGAGAAGAACACUGCUUCACUAUUUUUUAUGGUACCCAGUUUGUCCUCAAUACCUUAAGUUUAGCAGCUGAUUCUAAAGAUGAUGCUGAUAAAUGGUUGUGUGGCUUGAAUAUCUUGUAUCAAGAGGUCAUGAGAGCUCCCACGCCUGCAAUCACGGAAAGCUGGCUGAGAAAGCAGAUCUAUUCUGUUGACCAGACUAGAAGAAAUAGUAUCAGUCUGAGGGAGCUGAAAGCUGUCCUUCCCCAAGUAAACUUCAAAGUGAGCAGCGUGAAGUUCUUGAAGGAUAAAUUUGCGGAAAUAGGUGCUCACAAGGAAGAGCUUAGUUUUGAACAAUUUCAUUUGUUCUACAAAAAGAUCAUGUUUGAACAACAGAAAUCGAUUCUUGAUGAAUUCAAAAAGGAUUCCUCUGUGUUCAUUCUUGGAAAUACUGACCGUCCAGACGCUUCAGCAGUUCAUCUCCAUGACUUUCAGAGGUUUCUGCUACAUGAGCAGCAGGAAUCUUGGGCACAAGAUCUGAGUAAAGUCCGAGAACGAAUGACUGAGUUUGUUGAUGACACUAUGAGAGAAACUGCUGAACCCUUCCUCUUUGUUGAUGAGUUCCUCUCUUACCUUUUUGCAAAAGAAAACAGUAUUUGGGAUGAGAAAUGUGACUCAAUAGAUGUGCAGGACAUGAAUAAUCCUUUGUCCCACUACUGGAUUUCUUCCUCUCAUAACACAUAUCUGACAGGAGACCAGCUUCGAAGUGAAUCCUCCACAGAAGCUUACAUCAGGUGCCUUAGAAUGGGAUGCCGAUGCAUUGAGUUGGACUGCUGGGAUGGUCCUGAUGGGAAACCCAUCAUUUACCAUGGAUGGACGCGGACAACAAAGAUCAAGUUUGAUGAUGUAGUACAGGCAAUCAAAGAUCACGCCUUUGUUACGUCUGAAUACCCAGUCAUUCUGUCAAUUGAAGAGCACUGUAGUGUGGAACAGCAACGACACAUGGCCAGAGUGUUCAAGGAGGUUUUUGGGGAUCAGCUUUUAAUGAAACCUGUCGAAGCCAGUGCAGAUCAGCUACCAUCACCAACGCAGUUGAAAGAAAAAAUCAUCAUCAAGCACAAAAAACUGGGGCCAAAGGGAGACAUUGAUGUCAACCUGGAAGACAAGAAAGAAGAAAAAAAGCAGCAGGGAGAACUUUACAUGUGGGAUGCAAUAGAACAGCAAUGGACUCGGCACUACUGUGCUAUUGCUGAUGGAAAGCUUUCAUUCAGUGAUGUUAUUGAACAGAAUGCUGAUGAAGAUUCAUCGAAGGAGGUAAAACAUACUGAACUGCACUUAAAAGAGAAAUGGUUCCAUGGGAAAAUGAGAGAGGGGAGAACAACUGCUGAGAAGCUGCUCCAAGAAUAUUGUGCUGAAAUGGGUGGCAAGGAUGGGACAUUCCUAGUUAGGGAAAGUGAGGCUUUCCCUAACGAUUGCACCUUGUCAUUCUGGAGAUCAGGUAGAGUGCAGCACUGCCGUAUCCGUUCUUCAAGUGAUGGGGACACUGUGAAAUACUACCUGACAGACAAUGUCACUUUUGAUAGCAUCUAUGAUCUCAUUCAACACUACAAGGAGGUCCACUUGAGAUGUGCUGAAUUUGAGCUGCGUCUGACUGAUGCCGUGCCUAAUCCCAGCCCUCAUGAAAAUAAAGAUUGGUACUAUAGCAACUUGAGUCGAGGAGAGGCAGAAGACAUGCUGAUGCGAAUUCCUCGAGAUGGAGCCUUUCUAAUUAGAAAGAGAGAUGAGCCUGAUUCGUUUGCCAUGACUUUCAGAGCUGAGGGGAAGGUGAAGCACUUCCGAAUUCAGCAAGAAGGUCGCCAUUUUGUGCUUGGAACAUCGGCCUACUUUGAGAGUUUAGUGGAGCUGGUAACAUACUAUGAGAAGCACCCUCUGUACAGGAAAAUGAAAUUGCGUUACCCUGUGACCGAGGAGCUGCUGGAGCGCUACAGCACAGAAAAAGAUAUAAACUCUCUUUAUGAUGUCAAGAUGUACGUGGAACCCAGUGAAAUCACCCCUACAGUGCCUCAGAGAACAGUGAAAGCCUUGUAUGACUACAGAGCCAAACGAAGUGAUGAAUUGAGCUUCAGUCGAGGAGCUCUAAUUCAUAAUGUCACAAAGGAAACUGGAGGCUGGUGGAAGGGAGAUUAUGGAGAAAAAGUCCAACACUAUUUUCCAUCUAAUUAUGUUGAAGACCUGUCAUCUGAUAAUUCUGCUGAGCUUGAAAGCCAGAUUAUUGAGGACAAUCCAUUAGGCUCUCUGUGUCAUGGCAUACUGGUACUGAAUACAUACAAUGUUGUGAAAAUGCCACAAGGGAAACACAAAAAGCCUUAUGUCUUCAUUUUGGAACCUAAGAAUCCGGAAGAUCCGUGUGUUGAAUUUGCAACUGAUAAAGUAGAAGAACUGUUUGAAUGGUAUCAAAGUGUCCGUGAAAUCACAUGGAAAACUGCAGAAGAGGAGAACAGGAGGAAAUACUGGGAAAAGAAUCAGUUGAUUGCUAUUGAAUUGUCUGAUCUGGUAAUCUACUGCAAGCCAACAAGCAAAACCAAAGACAAUUUAGAAAAUCCUGAUUUCAAAGAAAUUCGUUCCUUUGUGGAAACCAAGGCAGAAAAUAUCGUUAAGCAAAAGCCAGUUGAGUUGCUGAAAUACAACCUGAAGGGAUUGACACGUGUCUAUCCUAAAGGACAGAGGGUUGACUCAUCAAACUAUGACCCAUUUCGCCUCUGGCUUUGUGGCUCUCAGAUGGUGGCUCUUAACUUUCAGACUCCAGAUAAAUACAUGCAAUUGAACCAUGCCUUGUUUUCACUUAAUGGACGCACUGGCUAUGUUCUGCAGCCAGAAAGCAUGAGAAAUGAAGAAUAUGACCCAAUGCCAAAUGAAUCGAAAAGGAAAUUGCAGAUGAUCAUGACAGUGAGGGUGUUAGGUGCUCGUCAUCUCCCUAAGCCUGGUAGAAGCAUUGCGUGUCCCUUUGUAGAGGUAGAAAUAUGUGGGGCUGAGUACGAUAACAACAAAUUCAAGACAACAGUUGUGAAUGACAACGGCCUUAAUCCAGUUUGGGCACCCUGUCCGGAGCAAGUGAAAUUUGAAAUUUAUGAUCCAAAUCUCGCAUUCUUGCGCUUUGUUGUUUAUGAGGAGGACAUGUUCAGUGACCCCAAUUUCUUAGCACAUGCCACUUUUCCCAUCAAAGGAAUCAAAUCAGGUUUUAGAUCAGUUCCUCUCAAGAAUGGUUAUAGUGAAGACAUAGAGCUAGCCUCACUUCUGAUUCACUGUGAAAUGCAGCAAGUUCUGGAACAUGAAGAAGAGCUUUAUUCUUCAUGUCGGCAACUUCGGAAGCGCCAGGAGGAGCUUAAUAACCAGCUAUUCCUUUAUGACACCCAUAUGAAUUUAAGGAAUCCGAACAGAGAUGCUAUAUUAAGAGAAUUCAACGUGAAUGAACACAAACUACAGAUGUGUCAAGAAACAUGUAACCGGAGAUUAAAGGAGAAGAAAGUCAGUAACAGCAAAUUCUACUCUUAAAGCAAUCAUUCUUUGAUGCAUGCUUUAUGGAGCAGUUCAGGUGGAGAUAUUAAUUUAUCCUGGUCAUUCUAUUAUGUGAAGAUCUCAUCAUGCUGAACGGAUAGAAGAGGAGGAAGAGGAGGGAAGAUGGGUUUUCUUAAUAAUUUCUUGUUAUAAGAAAAACUGUUUAAUUGCUAAUAAUUUAUAUUCUGUACAAAGUCUUGCCUAUACCUCUGUGCGGGCCAGAAUCUCUGUAUGGUAAAGAAUCUGAGGGUGGGUAGUUGCAUAGACUUCACUGCUUAUCAAUACCUGAAGUACAACUUUAAAUUGUCUGUUGUAUUUGUGUACCCAGGCUAUAGAUAAGAUAUUCACAACAAUUUGCAUGCAUGGAAUCGCACCACUUUAACAGCCUGGCUCCUUAAGAUUAACUGGUAGUGAGUUUUUAAUUUAUUAAAUGCUGUAAAAGCACUUUUGCACCAACAUUUUUUUUAAAUGUAUAUUACCUUACCUUAGGCCAUGGACUAUACUUCUGAUACUGUAUAAAGAAUUUUGGGCAGCUAAUAGCUCAUACUGUAUUGUCUCUUGUUAGAUGUUCUCUGUGCCCUUUUUGAGUAGCAUAUAAUGUUACUUGUGUUGAAACCAAAUAACCUCUUUGACAGUAGUUGUUUCCUUGUGAAAGGUUUGAGAAGUGUGUGAACUUGUGCCCCUCUGAACUUCUGUUCCUAAAUUAAGGUAUCGGAGGGGAAGGUUUUAAUGUAAAUAUGUGGUAGGAAAUAUCUGUGGUGGUUUUUUUUUGCUGUUUUUUUUUCAGAAAGGCAUUUCAACUCUGAAAAGCACUUACUUUGAUAUAGCAUCAUUUUGCAAAUCCUUUCAGCUGCUAAUGUGCUUAGAAAUGAUUUUUUUAAUGAACUGUCCAUUUUUAAUCUUGCAGUCCUACUUAGAUGAUAGCAUCGGAUGAUAGUGUUCUGUAAAUGUAGACUGUUUUACCAAAAUACGUCUAGUCCAAGAAUGAUAGUAUGCGCAAAUAUGGAGGUAUAUUAGUCUUACGUCUUUAAUCAAGGGAAGAACAUUGAGCUACAGAGGUGAAAACUCAAUAGAUUAGCAAGCCUGCUUUACUGCAAGAGUGGAACGAGAGUCCUUGGAUGGCAUAUGGUUCUUUGUGCUAGCACUAUGUUACUACUCUCAAAUUCCUAGUUGCUUUCUCUCUAUAUGGGCGGAGUUUUGCUAUCUGUAUAAAUGAAUUUCUUUCACAGGUGUGCACAGGAGCUAAGCUAUGUCUAAAUGACUGUCUGAAUCAUGAAAUGUUGUAUACGUCAUGCUGUACUUCUGAUCACAGAAAACUUGCAUGCAUUUGGGAUUCCUUGCCUGAUGAAGAUGCCUUAGCCAUUUUUGGUUUCUCUUGCUCCCCAUGCUGUUCUGUUGUUUCAAGAUGCACUUAAUUCAUGCCGUUGUUUAUUCACAGAUGAUGGUUUGAGGAAGUCCACUGAGGUUUUAGUUACUAUGAAAAGAGUCGUGUCUCACUUAUCUUGAGAUGGAAAUGCUAUAAUAGCAUCCCACAAUGGGGUGACUUCUUUAGAUAUUUUUAAUGAAGAAAUUAAAUACCAAUCAACCAUCUGAAAAAGAGAAGAGGACAAAGUUAAAGGUAGUUCUAGGCUUUUCUUCUUCCUGCCUGAAAUCCCUUCAGUCACCAGUUCUGCUUGGUCCGUUCAAGGAUUAGAUGGAUGCCAAAAAAAAAGAAGAAGAAAAUUUGCAUCAGCUGUGGAUUUUAGAGGUACAGCAAUAACUUAGGCUACUGUACAAAGCUGGCCUUAUCUCCAGUAUCCAUGUAUGAUGGGCUGAUCCAGUUGCUGUGCCUGGAUGGUGAGGACCUUUGGUGCACAUGCAUUUUGUAGUGUUUGCCAGGACAUAUUUUAGUGUGUCAUACGAUCAGUCCCUGUGCUAUAUAUUUCAUUCAGCAGCCAGUGUGUGUCGCAUUUAAUGCUUUGAGAACGCUGUGUUGUCAGUGUUGAUCAGAUGAGGUGGCCCAAAGCCCUGUCUGGAAGGUCCUGAAGCUGUUGCUACAGAUGGAACAGGAUUUUUAGGCAGCUGAAUAACAGCUGGGCUUGUACUGAUGGAAAAAAAUAGGGGCCCACAAGAUGCUAAUGCUCAGGGAGACCAAAUCCUAGACCUCCAGGCUGUUGUGGUUUAAUUUUACUAUUUCUAUCACAGUUCCAGAGCAGACAAAGCCAAAUUGCCCGCACGGAUUAUUUGGCUUGACUACUUUCCUUAUGUUUAUACCUGACACAGAACAGCCAUUGUAUGAUGAACAUAGGAGCUCUGUGUGCUGCUGCUGUGCAAAUGUUUAAGAAUUAGCACAUCUUACAGUUCUUCAGAAAGUUGUGUGUAUAUUCUCCGUGCAGACAUCAUGUUAAAAGUUGUAAGAGUUACUCCUCGGUAUUUAUGAAAAUCCAUUUCAUUUUACGGAAAGUCUUUUUUUCUCUGAGUAUAAACAUGUUAUAUUCAGAAGGAAAAUACUGCUUUGGCUGGUUGGUUGACUUGUGAGUGCUGGGCAAGGCUAUGUACUGUUUUCUUAUAUCUUGCAUUGUUUUAACUCAGAAGCCCCACCUUUCAAUUCUUUGUCAAGGUGGACUCAAGCAACUUCUUCACAGUUGCAGCAGUUUUAAUAUGAAACUAGGUUUGAAUGUGCGUGCUAAUUUUAUAAUCUAGGAGGAAAAUCAUUUAUGAGUAUGUUAUCUGUUGAAUUGUCAUAUUCUUACGGAAACUAUUUUAAAUUCUUAAAAUAACUUAUUUUAAUAAAUAUGUUUUGAUAGCAGUGAUGUAAGUGAUGCCAGAAGCUUCUUCGUUUAAGCAUCGUUUAUUGAAUUUCGUGACUUAAAAUGGCCAGGCAGUAUGCAUGAGUUCUUACUGAACAGCGGUGUGCUGGAAUGUUACGGUGUGUUGUGCUAGAGGUUGGAGGAAGGGCAUUUCUGUAUUUUUUAAGAUGAACUGACUUAAUGAUUGUUUUCAUAAAGUCAUUAUUGUUGCACUUCAUCUGGAUACAAACGAGCACUGCAGAAGGAAAAGGCCAAAGAUCAUAUUUAACAUGCAACUCCUAACUGACCUUUUCCAGUAACAGGUAGAUACUAACUUCAGCUGUAGUGAGCAUCAGAUUUGCAUCAACUCAAUAAAGUCUGAAGAAGGGUGAGCUGAAAUUUGUAGUAAUUUGGAGUCAUAGUUCAUGGUAAGAUUGUAUUAACACUCUGCUAACGAGGUUGUCUUAAUCAGAUGGACAUGAGUGUUGCUGGGUGAAGGCAUGGUGUCUUUACAUUGUGAUUUUUUGUUUUGUUGAGAUUCUUGGGAAUCAAGUUUUUCUCAGUCUUCUAAUAAAAAAUGUAUGUAUGUUGAGCUGGAAUCAAUAUGAGGUAUCUACAUUGCGGAAGUACUUGAAGCAUCGAUGCUGCUGAGGUAUCACUAUAUUGCUGAAAGUACGUGGAAAUUAGCGAUAGAAAUGAAAGAAAAAUUUGGUUGAGUCUCCGAGGAGGUGAAGCUAUAAAAAAACAUUCUACUUAAGGAUGAUGGACAUUUAAACU